AUGCAGCAACUGAUAUACUCCAAAGCACACAAAAAUCUAGGACUUAGAACGGAUGAUACAAUUGAACCAGAUUUCUUAUUUCUGGAUGAAAAUGAACCGGAUUUAUUAUAUUCGGAUAAAGCGAAUGAACUGGGUAUUCGAACGAAUUUAUUUGUAUCGAAUCAGGAUUUAGUGGUAUU